UUUUGUUUUCCAACCUUAAUCAACAAUUGCUUUUUUUAAUAUUCAGGUUAAAUUGUGUCUUCAGUCCUUUAAUCACCUUUGAGAUUUACUUGAUUUAAUACUUGUUUUCACUUGUUUAAUGGUUAAAAGCGUCAAAUGAUUAACUAUUUCAAUUCAACGACAAUUACUUUUGAAUUUGUGGUCAAAUAUCUGAUUGAAUUGCUUGCCUGGAUCAAUUUAAGUGACUCCGAGUUGGAAGAGAUUGUUAAACAUUCAAUUGCCAAAAAUGAUUUAGACCAACUUGUAUCAACUCUAUGGAAAAUUGGACCCAAAAGACGAUCUCAAAUAACUUCAUUGGUCCUUCAAUGUUGCGGUUCACUAAAUCGAACCGAUAUAAUAGACUCUCUUCUCGAUCAGAAGCUAAUAAAUCCGUACAUUUGGAAAGAUCGAUAUGAAUGGUCACCACUACAUAAAGCAGUGUACAAACGGGAUCUGGCUCUAGUUCAACUUUUAAUCUCUCGAGGAGUCGAUAUUUACUCUCGUGAAAUCAAUGGUAACACACCACUUCACAUUGCCAUCCAAAGCGUCCGUAAUCCACCGAGUGGCCUCAACGAUGACCAAUCAAAAAGCACUUUACUUGAAAUAAUUGGACUUCUAUUGAAGGCCGAUCACGAUCAGUGCAAGAGCAACCAUUACACCGACAAUGGUAAACCUUGCAAGUUGGUCAACGAGUACAACAAUUUUGGUAAAACAGCUUUACACUAUUGCGUCGAUCUUGAUCCUUCCCCACUGACAAUCCAACUAAUUUAUAUGCUAAUCAACGGAGGAGCCGACAUUGAUCUGAUUGACUCGAAAGGUCGAACUCCGUUUUUCCAUUUAACCCAAGAGUUGAAGCAAAAUUUAAGUCGAAACUCGCAUUCACCAGAAAAGACCAACACUGACAAUGCACUUCAUUGUUCACCUUUUAUAAACAUUUUACUUGAACAUAACUGUGAUUCACUCAAUUAUUUAACGAUAAUCGGUAAAGUGUCGCCGUUGAAGAACCUUUGCCGUCAACUGAUUCAAGAUCAUUUCAAGUCAACCAACUUCAACUGUUUACACGGACUUUUGCCCAAUGAGUUGAUCAACUAUCUUAACCGUCUUCUGGUCAAGUAAACACCAGACUCAAGAAAAUACCAGUUUCCAGUCAACAGUUUGUGUCAACCCAAACCAAAUUUACCAGUUUAGUCAUCAAUUUGGAUUUAAUUUUUCACUUUCAGUUGAUUGUUAUUUUUGCAUAAAUCAUGUAAACUCAAUUGUCACUAACCUUAAAGGUAAAAUUGUUUGAUAACAUGAUAUUAUUAAUGUACAAAUGUGAUCAUCAACAAUAAAAAAAAAGGUUUUUACCAAGGCU